AUGUCUGUCUUCCUCCCUCUCCUCGGCGGCACGCCAGACCCUGCUCUCGUACAAGCUCUCGCUCGCAUUGGCCCCCUCGUCCUCCAGGCAGCGCAUGUUAAUGCGCACGUACUCCCUGAGCACGCCUCGCGCUAUGUCCUCUUCGAGAACGGCAGUCUAGACGAGGCGACUGCUCUACUCGAUCAGGGCGUAGACAAAAUCAUCUUGCCCCUUGCUCACGCAAAGCAAGCCAUCGGCGUCCUUCCUGCCGACCGCCUCAUCCUUCUCCUCGAUGUCGCCAACGUCAGCGCGGUGUCUGACACGGUGCGCAACGGUAUCUCAGGCGUGCUCAUCAAGACUCCAGCCGUGGACGUCGAACUCGUCUCGUCCGUCUCCCGUUUCUUCACAGGUUCCUCCAUUCAUGUCCUUCCCGCGGACACGGCCUCUCCCCCUUCGCAGUCUACAAUCCGGGGGCUUCUCGCUGCAGGGGCUAUCCUAGUGCUACCCACUUCCCUCCUCACGCUCACAGCCUCGACCGAGCGCCAGAUCAAUGUCGCUGAUGCAUUCCUGUCCCCUCUCACGUCUGACCGGCCAGAUGGUCUCUUCCCGACGGUAGUAGCCGCUCACAACGAGGGCGGGCGGUCGCUAGGCCUAGUCUAUUCAUCCGCAGAGUCGAUCAAGGAGAGCAUCGUAAUCGGCAAGGGUGUGUACCAGUCUCGCAAACACGGCCUCUGGCGCAAGGGCGAGACCUCCGGCGCGACACAGGAAGUCGUCAGCAUCCGCCUAGACUGCGACUCCGAUGCUGUUGAGUUCUCCGUUAUCCAACACGGUGCUGGGUUCUGCCACCUUAAUCGUCCAUCGUGCUUCGGUGGGGGCGAGGCAAAGGGUCUCCGAGCGCUUGAGAAUACACUACAGUCCCGCCUCGAGUCCGCACCAGAGGGGUCAUACACGCGCAGACUCUUCAAUGAUCCUGCGCUCCUCCGCGCGAAGAUCAUGGAGGAGGCGGACGAGCUGUGCCGGGCAAAGACGAAGGACGAAGUUGCCUUCGAGGCGGCGGACCUCAUCUACUUCGCCCUCACCCGGUGCGUAGCUGCAGGUGUCAGCAUCGCGGACAUCGAGCGGUCAUUAGACACGAAGGCGAAGAAGAUCACUCGUCGCGCAGGCAAUGCGAAGCCGCAGUGGACCAAGCCUGCAGAGGCUGGUGCAAUACCAAAUGGCAAACCUGCACCAGCACCAGCAAAGCAGAAGACCCCCGUUGUCCCUAAUGCAUCUAUCGCCAUGCACACAUACGACCUCUCCGCGACCUCACCUCAGGAGAGGGCCCAGCUACUCCGCCGACCCGUGCUCAAGUACGAUGAAAUGCUGCAAAAGGUCAAGCCCAUCGUCGACGACGUGCGAGUACGGGGCGACGCCGCCCUGUUCGAGCUCACCGCCAAGUUUGACAAGGUGCAGCUCUCGUCGACGGUCAUCCGCCCGCCGUUCGCCGCGGAGACGAUGCAGAUCGACGACGAGGUGCGCAAGGCGAUCGACGUCGCGUAUGCCAACAUCUACAAGUUCCACGCGGCACAGGCUGAGAACGCGCCCAUGGUUGUCGAGACCAUGCCCGGCGUGGUUUGCUCCCGCUUCGCGAAGGCGAUCGCGCGCGUCGGGCUGUACGUCCCUGGAGGCACAGCAAUUCUCCCCUCCACCGCCCUCAUGCUCGGCAUUCCUGCGCAAGUCGCGGGCUGCAAAGAAAUCGUGCUCGCAACGCCACCCCGGCAGGACGGGAGCAUCUCGCCGGAGGUCAUGUACGUUGCGAAGCUCGUCGGCGCGUCCGCCAUCCUCAAGGCCGGCGGCGCGCAGGCGGUCUCUGCACUCGCGUACGGCACGCAGACCGUCCCGAAAGUCGACAAGAUCUUUGGCCCUGGCAACCAGUGGGUGACCGCGGCGAAGCUGCUCGUCCAGAACGACACCGACGCACUCGUGUCGAUCGACAUGCCCGCGGGGCCGUCGGAAGUGCUCGUAAUCGCCGAUCGGACGUCCAACCCUGCGUUCGUGGCCGCGGACCUCCUGUCACAGGCGGAGCAUGGCGUGGACUCGCAGGUCGUCCUCGUUGCGGUCGAUCUCUCGGACGCGGAGCUUGCUGCGAUCGAGGCUGAGCUCGAUAAGCAGGCGAAGGCACUGCCGCGCGUGGACAUCGUCCGCGAGUCGAUCUCGAAGAGCAACAUCGUGAAGGUGAAGACUGUCGAGGACGCACUGAAGUUCUCGAACGAUUACGCACCGGAGCACCUCAUCAUCCACCUGGAAGAAGCCAACGCAGCCGUGGCCCUGGUUGAGAACGCCGGGAGCGUGUUCGUCGGACCAUACUCACCGGAGAGUUGCGGUGACUACGCCUCGGGCACGAACCACACGUUGCCGACGAACGGUUACGCCCGUCAAUUCAGCGGGGUCAAUACGCUCUCCUUCCAAAAGCACAUCACCUCACAAGAAGUUAGUGCAGAUGGCCUCAGAGGUCUUGGUCCCGUGGUGGCAACGCUGGCCGAUUGCGAAGGUUUGGACGCGCAUGCGAACGCAGUCCGUGUUCGUCUGCGGGCUCUGUGAGGUGCAGGGAAUCUAUAAGUGCUCUAGACGGCAAAGCGUGUAAAUU